GCAGGAAGGGCGCCAUGGUGGUGUCGGUGGAGCCGCACCGGCACGAGGGCGUCUUCAUCUACCGCGGGGCGGAGGACGCGCUGGUCACGCUGAACAUGGUGCCGGGCCAGUCGGUGUACGGCGAGAGGCGCGUCACGGUGACCGAGGGCGGCGUGAAGCAGGAGUACCGCACGUGGAACCCAUUCCGCUCCAAGCUGGCCGCGGCCAUCCUGGGCGGGGUGGACCAGAUCCACAUCAAGCCCAAGUCCAAGGUGCUGUACCUAGGCGCCGCGUCGGGCACCACUGUCUCCCACGUCUCCGACAUCAUUGGUCCAGACGGCCUGGUCUACGCCGUCGAGUUCUCCCACCGCGCCGGCCGCGAUCUGGUCAACGUGGCCAAGAAGCGCACCAACAUCAUCCCUGUCCUGGAGGACGCGCGGCACCCGCUCAAGUACCGCAUGCUCAUCGGGAUGGUGGACGUGAUCUUCGCCGACGUGGCCCAGCCCGACCAGUCCCGCAUCGUGGCCCUGAACGCCCACACCUUCCUGCGCAACGGGGGCCACUUUCUCAUCUCCAUCAAGGCCAACUGCAUCGACUCCACCGCAUCUGCCGAGGCUGUGUUUGCUUCUGAGGUGAGGAAGUUGCAGCAGGAGAACUUGAAGCCCCAAGAGCAGCUGACCCUGGAGCCCUAUGAGAGGGACCACGCUGUGGUGGUCGGGGUCUACCGGCCCCUUCCAAAGAGCAGCACCAAGUAGCACCCAGCUCAGGCUCACCUGCCAUCUCCCCAAGCCUGUGUUGUGUUUGCUAUUUUUUUCUAUGUGUUUUCUUUGUGCGUGUUUUGUUUUGUUGUUUUUCUAUUAAACUGCAUAAAGAA